CAUGUCUUCGAUCGAUUCGAAAAAGCUGUAUGCAACAGAUGGCCCCGCGAAGACGCCUACUAUCGGAGAGCAACUUUCUCACAGUCCAGCAUAACACUUCAAGUCUCUCCUUAGCCUGUUCAAGAUGAUACCCUUACUUUCUUUCAUAGUUUUGACCUACCUCGCGUCCUUCUCCUAUGCUCUAGCGAUUCCCAUCCUAGAUCGAUUACCAUUUAGAGUACAGACCCAACUUGGGCGGAUCUUCUCCCCUGCGUCUAGAACACUUUGCGAUCCAUACGAGCAAUGGAUCCAAGACGAGAAGCAGAUCGCCUUGGACCGCCUCUUAGCGAAUGUCGCUCCCGGUGGCGCGAAUACGAAAUCCGCAGCCCCGGGUACCGUCAUUGCGAGCCCAUCGACUGAGAACCCGAAUUACUAUUACCACUGGAUUCGAGAUGGCGCGAUUACUCUCUCCACCACCGUCCCCUACCUCGACGCCAAAUCUUCCCUCUCCUCGCACGUCUUCGACAUCUUCGAUGCCUACAACCACCUCACCUACCGCCUGCAGCGCACCACCAACCCGUCCGGGCGCUUCUACGACCUGAAAUCUCUUGGCGAGCCGAAGUUCGAGGUGUCCGGCGAGCCAUUCACAGGACCAUGGGGUCGACCUCAACCGGACGGACCGGCCCUCCGCGCCAUAACAAUGAUGGAGUUUCUGACACAGUACAACCGCACCUACCCGUCCGUGUGGGGUACGGCUGCCGGGGCGGUUUGGUACCGGACGUUCUAUGACCCUCAGAUGCCUAGUGCAGUGCCGGACAGCACCGUCAAGGCGGACUUGGAGUACGUUUCGAAGUACUGGGGAUCUACCGGAUUCGAUCUGUGGGAAGAAGUGAAUGGACGGCAUUUCUUCACCGCGAUGGUCCAGCUCCGCGCGCUCAGGGAUGGCGCCAAACUCGCAGGCGCGUUUGGUGAUCCAGGAGCUGCAUCGUGGUAUUCCACGCAGGCGGCGCAGCUUCAAGACUUGAUUCACACGUUCUGGGAUGAGAAGCGGGGGCACUUGAUUAGCAUCCAAGAUACUCCGCGUAGCGGUCUGGACUGCAGUAUUCUCCUUGGCUCCCUCCAUGGCACCUCUCUCGACCAAGAGACCAACACUCCUUUCCCUCCCCACUCCCCCGAAAUCCUCCUUAGCCUCCUUGCCCUUCUUCGCGACCAACGCGCCAGAUUCCCCAUCAACUCCGUCCCGACUCCCUCCGCCGACGAAGAUCCCCUCCGCGCCGCCGGCAUCGGCCGAUACCCCGAGGACGCCUACAAUGGCUACGAAUCCAUCCCUGGCGCCGGCAACCCCUGGUUCCUCUGCACCAGCUCCGCCGCCGAAGUCCUCUACCGCACGCGCCAUCAAAUCACCCGCCACGGCUCUCUCACCAUCACCCAGCGCGGCCUGCCCUUCUGGAAUGCCGUUGUCUGGAACGCGACCGCGGGCGACCCAGACCUCCAACCGGGCGACUACGGCUGCACGACAGAUGCGGGAGGUCCAGCGUGUAAGACGUACGAGCAUGUCGUGCAGCGGCUCACGCAGGUUGCGGAUAACUUCCUCGGCGUGGUGAAGAGGCAUUCGGGGGCGCAGGGAUCGAUGUCGGAGCAGUUCGACAGGGUGACGGGGUAUGAGCGAGGAGCGAGGGACUUGACGUGGAGCUACGGGGCGUUUUUGUCGGCGGUUCGGGCGCGGGAAAUUGCUGCAUGAUGUCCGUCGGUGGAUAACGAACUACACGCACACACGACCUGAUGAUAUGAUUU